AUGAGUUAUCAAUGGAAAUUUGCUCUCUUCCGCCAACAAGUUGGACUCAGCGCAGCACGAGCUUACCCCGCCAAGAUGGAACCUUCUGCCAGGCGGCAAAUUAUACUCAAUGCAUUUGACAUGUUCACUCCGAGCCAUCUCUGCUUCGGUCAGUGGCGCAGGGGCGAAGAUGAAGUCGCGGACAAAUUUAGAGAUCUCAGUUACUGGACCAAUCUCGCGCAGACACUUGAGCGGGGAGACAUUCACGCUUUGAUUCUGGCUGAUACUUAUGGUCAACACGAUAUCUACAAUGGAAGCGCUGAACCAACGAUACGGACAAGUUGCCAGUUCCCGAUGGGCGACCCCGUUAUCCCGGUGACGGCGAUGGCAACUGUAACGAAGAAACUUGGGUUCAUUGUAACAACCAGUACGAGUUACGAGGCACCAUUCGUCGUCGCAAAGAGGUUCUCGACGCUCGACCAUCUUACCAAAGGGCGGUUUGGCUGGAACAUCGUCACUUCUUUUAAGGAAUCUGCUGCCAAGGCCGUCGGGGUCUCAUAUGUCGAACAUGAUGAGAGAUAUGCCGCUGCUGAUGAAUACUUGGAGUUGCUCUACAAAAUAUGGGAAGGCUCGUGGGCAGACGAUGCUCUCAAGAAAGAUGCAACGAACAACAUCUACGCCGAUCCCAGUCGUAUCCGUUGGAUCAAGCAUCAUACGGCAAGGUUCAAUGUGGAUGCUCCUCACAUCCUGCAUCCUUCACCUCAAAGAACUCCAUUUCUGCUUCAAGCAGGGACAUCAUCCGCUGGCAUAGCUUUCGCUGCCAAACACGCAGAGGGUAUCAUGAUAUCGGGGCUUUCACCUCACAUCUUGGCGCCUCGCGUAGCAGCCAUUCGUCAGCAAGCAGCGAAAGCUGGCCGUGACCCUGGUAGUGUCAAGAUUUUCGCCGUCAUUACACCAGUCAUUGCGAGAACAGACGAAGAAGCCACUGCAAAAUACCGCAAAGCCUUGGAAUUUGCGAACUUCGAAGCUGGUCUUGCAUUCUUUUCAGGUAAUGCUGCAAUAGACCUCGCCAAAUACGAUUUAGACGCAGAAAUAAGACCAGAUGAUGCUACCAUUGAUGGGCGGGUACACUCCAUGGUCAGCAGUCUGAAAUACCGUGGCGAUGACAUUCCAGCUUGGACGCCUCGAAAUAUUGGAAAAGUCAUGGCCAUCGGCGGGAACGGGCCUGUGCCAGUUGGAUCGGCAGCUCGUGUUGCAGAUUUCCUUGAGGAGUGGGUGAAGAUUGCAGAUUUAGAUGGGUUCAACGUUGGAUAUGUCACAACCCCUGGGAGUUUCGAAGAUGUGGUAGAUUUGCUAGUGCCUGAGCUUCGCCGAAGAGGGCUAUACGGGUACGACGGACUAUCGGGAGAUGAAAUCACUUUGCGUGAGAGGAUGUAUGGCGUUGGCCAGAAACAUCUCCGCCACGACCACAUUGGAGAUCAAUACAAGUACAAAAGCUGGGCUACCUUUGGAUAUUUCGUCAGGCUACUCGACUCAAGCAACAUCACAAAUGCGUAUGUCAGCGGUAUGAAAGAAGACCUCGACUUUCAAGGCAACGAGUACAACCUGUUACAAACUUUCUUUACUUGCGGGUAUCUGGUCGGUCAAAUUCCUUCACAGUUCUUGCUCACUCGCUUCCGGCCCUCAAUUUACCUACCCGUGGCGGAGCUUCUCUGGACCAUUGUCACAUUUUGUUUUGCCGCUGUCAAGGACGUUCGUCAUGUCUUAGCAAUGAGAUUCCUGCUAGGAUUCCUUGAAAGUCCCUUUGCCGUCGGCGUUCUGACCAUCAUGGGAAGCUGGUACACGCCUCGAGAACUCUCCAAGCGGAUUUCAAUCUUUUAUUCGGCCAGCUAUGCUGCUAGCAUGUUCAGCGGAUACCUCCAAGCCGCAAUCUAUCGAGGUCUCAAUGGAGCCGGCGGUCUCCCAGGUUGGCGGUGGCUUUUCAUUUUCUGUGGCAUAAUCUCGAUCUGGGCUCCCAUCUGGGGAUUUUUCGCCGUCCCUGAUAACCCUCAUAUCACAAGGGCUCGCUGGAUGCGUCCGAGUGAGCAGGCAAAGCAUAUCGCGAGGAUGGAAGCCAUCGAUCGGCGCAAACCCGAGCCUUUGACAAAGGCCAGGGUCUUGGGUAUUUUCACGAACUGGCCCAUUUACGUCUUCAGCUUCGCAUUGAUUUGCCAUUGCGUUGUCACACAACCCCUUAACUACUUCUCUGUUUGGCUGAAGUCCUUGAACCGCUUUACGGUCUAUCAGAUCAACCUCUUUCCUACCGCAGCGCAAGCCGUCGGUCUUGUGACCACUCUGCUAUAUGCUUGGCUCUCUGAUGGGUUGGGGAAGAGGUGGCAGGUUUUACUGAUUCCAGCUACCAUCAACCUUAUCGGCAUGAUCAUGGUUGCAGUUGAAUCAAGCUACGCGUUGACCUUUGUCGGAUAUGUUAUCAACGCCGCUUCGUGGGGCUUUUGGCCGGUCCUUUACGCCUGGGCAAUUGAGAUCAUGCACAAGAACAUGGAGGAGCGUGCGAUCGUUAUUGGGGUUGCACAGACCCUAGGCCAAGCUUUCAUUGCAUGGGUUCCAGGUUUGCAACUAUCUUGCCCUCAACAUCUUGAAAAGACGCUAAUUGUUGCAGUUGUGAUUCUCGAUGUGGGUAAAUAUGCACCGUCCUUCCACAUGGGGUUCUCCGUCAUGUGUGGAGUGAGCGUUUUGGAGCUUUCGAGUAUCUUCAUAAUCAGACACUUUGAGAAGCGAGAAAAGGCGAAGAACGAACAGUCCAUUCUUAGCAACUAA